GCGCGUCCAUGUCAGCGGAGGCCCUAAGCUAUCCCACAAUGCCCUGGAUCAGGAAGCUAUGUUGCCUCGCCCGCCGUUGCUCUCUAAAACUGAGACCACCCAGCUGCCACAGCCUGACUGCUCCACAGUACGAUCCCCCCGUUUCACCAACAGGUCUCGACAGCUCAAGGCCUCCAAGGCCCAGAGGACGCCCAGGAUGUGGGCCGAGACCCUGGACGCAUCGCCGCAGUCAGACCGCUCAUUCGGCGUAUGUCCAUCAACUCCAGACUCCUCAUCACCCAGGCCUCCUCCUUCUACAUCCGACCCAGACCUCCUUCUUGGUGGGCCCUCAUCCUCCAUUUCUCCUCAUCCACCCAGUCCCCACUCCCUCAGGUCCACGUUCACGCUGUCCCCCCGAAGCGCCACUGAGACAGAGUCCCCUAUGUUACCUAAAUGCUUGGGAGCCUCCGGGUAUUUUAACCCCCCCUCCCCUGCCAAAGGACUUCCAGACAGUUUGUCACCUCUGAGCCCUCGGUCUCUGUGCGCUCAGUCUUUGCCAUCACCAUUGCGGUCCACUGGCUUUCAGUCACCUGGUAAACAACUAUUGAGCUGGUCAGACAGGACACCGUCUCCUCCGGAACCUCUUUCUGCCGCGUCACAAGAAACCCACUCAUCCUCCAGGUCACGGCAGGAACUGUGUUCCACCAGCUGUCCGUCACCAUCGCCGGAUGCUUCUUCCUCUGGGAGCAUGUGCUCUCCGUCACAGGAACAUGCCAGGCCCCAGAACAUUCCACUCCCUGGAUACCAGUCCCCUCCGUUGUCUCAGGACGCAGCCUCUCCCCGGUCAUCACUGCAUCCGCUCACACCCUGUCCAUCGCCACCAGACCCUUUGUCCUCUGUACGUGUGUCUUCACAGUUGCAUAAGAAACCCAUAUCCACUGAGCCUAAUAUCACCCAUUCACUCACAGGAGCCCGGUCUCUGGCCUCUUCCCUGUCCCCUAACUCUCCGUCCCCGAUCUCACAGUUCCCGAAGGGUGAUCCGCCGCUUUUAACCGAGUCACUUUCACACUCCUCUGGUUCACUAAGGAACUACAGCUCCCAGGAGUCACCACGGCUGCUCUCCGGGUCAGUGGUCAGACAGUCAUGUAGUCCCGCCUUCUCUCCCAGGAUUUCUGAAACAGAUUUUGACAUCGAGUCAUCCAUUGAUAGCCUAGGACUGACACCCCGUGGGGAAGACUCCUCAGGCGAGAAGAUGAAGAUAGAGGGGUGUUUACUGGAGUGGAGGAGUAAUGUGGAGGAGACGCAGGUACAACAUCUUCACUUGGACAGACCCCCCGUCUUCCUCAUCGGCUGCGGCCUGGAACCAGAGGCAGGAGAGCUAGUUCCAGAACCAUCCGCGGCUCUGCUUGCAGUGGCCCAGAAAGAGCAGAUCCAGACGGGGAACUUCUGUGACCUGGAGGGCUUUUUAACCCUGGGUCUAGUGAACCGUGGUUCUCCACACCUCGACCCACGACCCACACACUCUCUUCCAGAUACAGAGGACAGCUCAAAUAGAGCCAUCACAGGGGCAGAAAGCUGGAGGGCUAGUAGCAGCCAUAGUGGGCGUGCUGAAGAUAACUUGGUUAAAACAGUAAUGAUGGACAGCCAAAGCCAGCCAGUCAGUAGCCACAGUUAUGUAGCCACACCCACUCAAAGAAGACCGUUCUCUCCACGAGGGCUGUGUACAUCUGGUUUCACUGGCGUCUCGGUUCGAUCAACUCCGGAGCUCUCCUCCCGCCCUGCCAGUGUGGUCUCCCAGCCCACGUCCUGUUCCUUCUCCCGACUGUUGUCUCGGGCAGCCCGGGAGAUCCUGGACAUCAGUGCAGUGGACCAGACGGGCUGCGAAGACCCUGACCUGGAGCAGGACAUAGACACGCGAGCUAUUAGCAGCCUGGCGGAGGAGUUUAGGCUGAUGGCAACAGAUUCAGGAGUGGCCCGGGUAUUCUCCUCUAAUAGGGGCGGAGCUGGAACAGUGGAGCACGUAAGGAUGCACGGUUCUGACCGGCUCCAAACCAGCCGGGUUCACUCAGACGGUGAGGAGGAGGAGAUUCGGAGAGACCAGCAGAGUGUCCUGUCACUUCCAUGAACCAUCACACACACACACGUCUUAGGUCACUCUCAAACAGGCCUCCCAAAGAAUGCCAGUGUGGAUCCUGUCCUGUACAUUGCAGAGUAGGGUGGCUUUUCUGCUGGUUCCCUGUUUCACAGAAGAACAAUAAAAAAAUUGCAGCAGUUGAAUGUUACUCAAACCCUGACUUUAUCCCAUUUUUUAAAUGAUAUUUUAGAAUCAUAUGUAAUUGAAAUGUUCUAAAGCAUCAUAACAUAACUAAUCUGCAGUGCUAAUUGGAUUUGUCAUUUGAUGUUUAAAUAAUGUUUUGUUCGAUAAUGUUGAAUAUGGUGAUUUGCAGUGCUGUUUUACUGUAAAAAAAAUGUGAGUUGAGGAAGAGAUUGGCGUAGCCAUAGCUCGCAUAGCAUACACAUACAGAGGUUGACGUAAUCAACCUUGGGUCCCACAUUUCCCCCCCGCACAGAACACCAAACAACAAUGCUCCUUCUACCAGAAAACGUGAAACAACAGCCUAGGUAACCCAGCGCUUCACAGUUCUGUUCCUCCAUGUAGCCACAUUUCCCCAGCCAAGCCAAACACAGUAGAGCAUGUUCACCAUAUCAAAGCACAGCCAGAUGGAUAGUAAUUGGGAUCAAGGGGCUACCAGAUAGGUGGAGAACAGGGGGAAAGGAAAGAGGGAUGGGGAAGAGUAGAGGAUAUAGGUUGAACUUUAAGGUAUGGGGGAGAAAAGGGUUCAAAGUCAAACGGGCCCUCUACUUCUCUUACUCUCUCCUGCUCAUCUUUCCAUCUUUUUCCUACCGCUCUAUUUCUGUCUCCUCCUCUAUCUACCCCCGUCGCUCUCGCUUUUUCCUCCAAUUACGGCUUACUUUCUCCCGCUUGUGCACACACAAUACAUCAAAUCCUCCUCUCUACCCAUCUCUAUCACAUUCUCCUCUCUACCCAUCUCUAUCACAUUCUCCUCUCUACCCAUCUCUAUCACAUUCUCCUCUCUACCCAUCUCUAUCACAUUCUCCUCUCUACCCAUCUCUAUCACAUUCUCCUCUCUACCCAUCUCUGUCACAUUCUCCUCCAUCCCUCCUUCUGUCUCCCUACUUUUUUAUACCCCCCCUCCUACCUAGCGCUUUCCCCACACGUACACUGGGCCACAGUGGCCUAGCAGAGCCACAGAGACCCUCUGACAAAUCAAUACAUCACUGUAAUUGAUUCUGUCGGGGCACAAAGUGUUUAAUGAGAAACCCCUCCCCCUCUCCUUGUGCGUCCACACGGCCCGGGUUAACGGCUAACGGCACAGAGGUUUCCACGGAAGUGGCUGCGGGGAGUAGAGGGUUAACGGGAGCCAGUCCCCAGGUUACAGACAGGUCCGGCUGGUUAAUUAGGACAGGUGACGUCCGGUCCGUAGAGCAGAAGCCCAUGGGUCCUGUAGCAGUGUGUGACGCGCACGCUGUUGAGGACCGCUUUCUUGCAUCUUGCCUUUGUCGUUCCUUCAAGCUGAUGGUUGGAUUUUCUGCAAUUACAGUUGGUGCCCGACACUGACGUGCACCUGGAGUGGAUCUACUGAAUGAUAGAGAAGGAAUAGUAAUGAGAGGGGAAGAGGGAGUUAGAGAGCCGGGAGCUGCCUGGAAGAGGGUGAGCAAGAAAGAGAAGAAAUCAACAGAAGAAAAAUCACCAAAAGUGAACACUGUGUUUUCUGUUUCUUGAUGAGGUGAGGAAGAAUAGAGGGGGAGAUUGGGUAAGAGGGGAGGAAGGGAGGAGAGGCUGAGUCGCUGUAACUCCAGGGUGGAGCUGAUGCUAAUGAAGAACAUGGGAAUAAUGGCACAUUGCACUCCUCUUCUUUCCUGCCCUCUCUAUUCUGACUCUUUGCACCUUCUUUCUUCUGGCCUUAAUGAAGGGCACCUGUUCGGAUUCCUUGUUAAGCAUUUAAUGAUCAGGCCCCAUUAGAACCACGCCAAUCCGCUCUGUGUGUGUUUCCUGCUUUGCUUCCUUAGUGUAUGAACGGGUGUGUGGGCUAGUGUGUGUUUGCCUGCGGGUGUGUGUCUACCACCCUCUAUUCUCUGUGCAAUGUUCUGAUCCGGGGUUCCUCUCCUCAGAUGAUGGGCUUCAUUACCUUGGCUGGGGGUGCUGAUGAUGAUAAUGAAUGGUGGGACAAAUACAGAACACGACUCUACGGGUCUUUUUCAUCAACCAGCCGAGCCAGGAAGACCUGCUGUGAUUUCAGAUAGCAAUCACAUUCUCUGUGUCUGUCUCUCUAAACUUUCUCACGUACACUAUCGUUCAAAAGUUUGGGGUCACUUAGAAAUGUCCUUGUUUUCCAUGAAAAGAUACAUGAAGUAUACAUGAAGAAUAGGUGAUUUUGAACCUUUAAUUGAACCCACAAUUGCUGAUGCUGCAGAUACUCAACUAGUUUAAAGAAGGCCAGUUUUUUAACAGGUUUCA